AACCUUUUAAACAGAACUCACAAAACAUAGCUACCUUACAACCACACUUUAAUACUAUUCCAGCCAUGGAUAUCUUAAGCAUAAUAUGUAUAUUUUUCUACUUGGGAAGAAGUUGGGGACAGGAGCAAACAUAUGUUGUUUUUGCACCUAAAGCGUUCUGUGUUGGUGCCUCUGAAAACGUAGUGAUUCAAGUUCAUGGAUAUACAGAACCAUUUGCUGUGUCUGUUGCUAUUAAAAGUUAUCCUGACAAAAAUUUCAGAUAUUCCUUUGGGCAAGUCAACUUAUCUCCAGAAAAUAAAUUCCAAGGCUCUGCAAGCUUAACUAUAGAACAAAAAGAUUUGCCUGGAGGACCAAAUGCAGUUUCACAUGUGUACUUAGAAGUUCUAUCUGCUUAUUUUUCAAAAACAACAAAAAUUCCACUACGUUAUGACAAUGGACUCAUCUUUAUUGAGACAGAUAAAUCUGUUUACUUUCAAGAUGAUAAAUCAGUAAAAGUUAGAGCUUAUGCAUUGGACGAAGACCUAAAGCCAGCUCAAAGGGAAGUUAUCUUAACUUUCAUAGACCCAGAAGGGGGAGAAACGUCCAUGUCAGGAAAAAUCAAAAAUCCUGGAAUUGUAACUUUCCCUGGUUUCAAGAUUCAAUACCAUCAAAAGUAUGGUUUAUGGACUAUUAAUGCUAAGUACAGAGAAGACUUCACAACAACAGGAACUACACAAUUUGAGUUUAAGGAAUCUGAACAUAAAGAUGAUAUCUUAGUAGAACCAGAAAACAAUGUUAUUAGCCAUAAAAACCUAGAGGACUUCAAGAUUAAUAUAAAAGCUAGGAAUAUUCGUGAGGGGGAUGUUUUUGUCUUAUUUGGAAUAAAAGAAGAUUUAGAUGAUAACGGAAAAGAAAUGUUGCUUGCCGGAAUACAAAAGACAAAGCUGCUUGAUGGUGUUGCACAGAUCAGUUUUAAUACUACAAAGGAAAUUAAAAACUUAAAUAAAAGUUCAGAAGAUUUAAAUGACAAGUACCUUAAUGUUUUUGUGGACAUAGGUACAGGUUUUUUCCAUGAAAACAAAGUAACUGAUAUCAAAUACAGCUUCUCUCCCUACACUCUGGACUUGGUUGCCACUCCUCUUUUCCUGAAGCCUGGAAUUCCAUUUCCCAUCAAGGUACAGGUGAAUGCUGCUGACCACUUUGUAGGAGGGGUUACAGUAAUAUUGGAAGGAAAAACAUUCGAUAAAACCCUGAGUACAGACCUGGGUAUAAUGCAAAGUACCACAAAUUCUGAUGGAGUAGCCUCAUUUAUCAUUAACAUUCCCUCUAAUGUGGCAACACUGGAUUUUCAUGUCAGAACUGCUAUCCCAGACCUUCCAGCAGAAUACCAAGCUAGGAAGGAGUAUCAAGCAGUGGCUUACUCAUCCCACAGUCAAAGUUUCCUUUCACUCAGCUGGCCCUACAGUUACAAGACUUUGUUUGUGGGAGAAAUUCUGAGCAUAACUAUCACCCCUGAAAGUCCUUACAUUGACAGUAUUACACACUACAAUUACCUGGUUUCUUCUAAGGGAAAAGUUGUCCACUUUGGAACAGAGAAGAAACUCCCAGGUUCAUCCUCCCAACUUUUGAACCUUCCCCUGACUCAGCACAUGGCUCCCACAGCCUGUCUCCUGGUCUAUUACUUUGUCACAGGAGGUCAGACGACAGAAUUAGUGUCUGACUCAGUCUGCCUAAAGAUUCAAGAAAAAUGUGGCAAUCAGCUUCAGAUACAUCUGUCUCCAAAUAAAGAUGCACAUUCGCCAGGCCAUGGUACUUCUCUUACUUUCGAAACUCAGUCAGAGUCAUGGGUAGCCUUAUCUGCAGUGAAAGUUGCCACACAUGAAUCUGCAGAAAGAAGCAAAAGUUCCAUGGAAAGAAUACUUCAGUCUUCACACAAACGUGGCCAGGAGUGUGGGACAGGCGGUGGCAGGAAUAAUACCGAGGUGCUCUGCUCCACAGGACUCACUGUCAUUAGCAACGUGUACCCAGACUGCUUCCAACAAGAUGGUGGACCAUUUAAGAAAGUUCUCAGAUCAAAAAGAAACUUGGAACAGAAGAUAGAAAACGCAGCAUCCCGAUACAAACAUCCAGUGAUUCAGAAGUGUUGUUAUGAUGGGGCCUACAAAUCUGAGGAGAGUUGUAAGGAAAGAGCUGCACGAAUUACUUUGGGCCCCAGUUGUUACGGAGCUUUCUUAGAUUGUUGUGAAGAGGCAAAUACUGUGCGGUCGGAGGAUACUCAUAUCGAUGUUAAUGUAGGACAUGGGGUACCUGGACCGAAACUACCAAAUUUUCCUCCUGAACCAAAAAAUUUAUGGAAUGUGUAUCAUGUUCUUAAAAGGUAUCAGCUGGUUUGGAGAACACCAAAGGAUCUAACUUCCUGGGAAAUUCAAGGUGUUGGUGUUUCAAAUAAUGGUCUGUGUGUUACUGAUACACUGCGGGUGCUAGUGAGUGAAGAUUACUUACGGGUCAUAAACGACAAUGUCACAGAGCCAACUGAGAAGGACUCCAGAACCUAAGUAGCUUUUGCAGCCCUUACCUUAGAGAGAAUGGCUAAAGUUCCAGCAACCAUUUUGACCAUGACAUAAUUCUGAAGAUGGAAGAGCAAUCCAGCAUGGAAGAAUCAAAAGAUAAUAGCCCCUUCUAAUCCCUGACUCUGAAGACAUUUGAGGCUGACAUACCUGUCUUGAAUUCUUUUCACAUGAGAAAUGAAUAAACAUUUGUCUCAUUUUACCAA